AAAGAAGAAGCAGGUUUAUGUUGAGAAGGUGGAGAGGAUGCAGCAGGCUCUGGCUCAGCUCCAGGCAGCCUGUGAGAAAAGAGAACAACUCGAGCAUCGACUUCGAACGAGACUGGAGCGAGAGCUGGAGUCGCUACGUAUGCAGCAGGUAACCGCCAUGCUGGUGGAAAGAAGAGGCCCUGCAUAAUUACCACAAAUGAUUACAUUAUUUUAAGUCUGGGCCAAAAGUAUAUAAGUAUAAAUCAAUUUUUUUGUAUUUAUUUAUUUUUUCUCCCAAAAUGGUUUGAGUUUCAAGGGCUGAUAAAGAACAUUAUGCUUCAUAUAAAAUGUAAUGUUAAACUGUAAUAAUGAACCUUUGAAAUAUAAAUUACAUUUGACAUGUGGAAACUGCAUGUCAUAGCGCAACGCACGGCUUAAGCGUUCUGUCAGUCAGCGGUGUAAACAGCUCUGGGAAGGAUUCUUAAUGUGUGUGUGAACAAGCACACACACACAGAGUAUUUAGUUCAUUUAUUCUCUCUCGAGUAUAAAAUAACUUACAUCUCAAACUAUUUGUGGAUGUGCACAUAAGUUGUAAUGCCAACAAUAACUAACAAAUGAUAAGUGAAAAAACUAAAGCAUUUAUAUUUAAAAUGUUAAUGAAUAUUACAAACCAAUACAUCACAGCAAACGUAAACAACGAAAAAUAUCGGCAAAAAAAAAACACAUGGGUGCAACCCACAUACUCGGCUCUGUUGCUCAUCCCACAAAUGCAUGUUCCUCACUAAUGUGGCCCCAUAUGUAAGGUAAGAAAACAGGCUUUACAACCGUAUAAGAUUUAUUGCUGAGAAGAAUUGUUACAACAAAUAAAUAAUCUACCAAACACAGAUUUCCUUACUUUUUGUGUUGUAUAAAUAUAUUAAGACCAAUAAUAUAAACUUAAGGCUGCCUGACUCACUGCCUCUCUUUUCCUCCAAGUCUGAGAAAGGAACACACGUUGUCGGGGACGAUUAAGCUCUAUGUUUUGCAUUGAUGUGGCAUUCGGGAAGCUGCGCUCCGAUGGCGUAGAUACGGUGGCCACUUCUUUCCUGCAGAGUUUGCAUAUCACCUUGUGGGGCUCGUCCUUUACAUGCAUCAGACUUUGGAUUCUCAAUGACCAGCCACAGCUCUGAAUGAAGUCUGAGGGGUCUUCCAGCAGAGCACACGCAGCGCGGAUGGAGCUUUUUUUCUUCUUUUCCUUUUUUUUCCUUUGACUAAUAGACGAAUGAAAAAUGUGUAGAAUAAUACUUUGUUUAAGCUAACUAACGUUUUGUCUAUUUGGGGGCAGCCCUAAUGGAUUUACAAAUGACCGUAGACAAUAAAUUCAAAUCUAAAUCUAUAGAUACAAUGUGAAUACAUUCAGGUAGUAUGAAUCAGUGUUGUGAAAAACACACAUACAAAAAUAAUGUUUGGCCAUAUCAGCAAAUGACUGCAGUUGAAAGAUAACAUAGCUAUCAAUAUUUUUAAGUGCCUCUUCUGUCUCCCUCAUUAUUUCUGCUUCCCCUGUUUGUCCCUCCAAGCGUCAGGGAGCCACUCAAAGCAGUGGAGCAGUAUCAUCAGAGUACAACGCCACAGCGCUGAUGGAGCACCUGAGGGAGAAGGAAGAGCGCAUCCUGGCUCUGGAGGCCGACAUGACCAAAUGGGAGCAGAAGUACUUAGAGGAGAGCGUGAUGAGGCAGUUUGCCCUUGAUGCUGCUGCUUCUGUGGCCACUCAGAGGGACACAGCUGCAUCAGUGAUCGGCCAUUCUCCCAGCAGCAGCUAUGACACGUCAGUAGAGGCUCGAAUCCAGAAGGAAGAAGAAGAGAUUCUGAUGGCCAAUCACCGCUGUUUGGAUAUGGAAAGCAGGUAAAGCAUCUCCACAUACAGUGGGGAAAAAAAGUAUUUAGUCAGCCACCAAUUGUGCAAGUUCUCCCACUUAAAAAGAUGAGAGAGGCCUGUAAUUUUAAUCCCAGGUAUACCUCAACUGUGAGGGACAAAAUGAG